GAUGACCGGAAAGGGGCCCGUACAAUUGAGGCCCAUUCAAUCGACUUGCUCAAAUAUAGUUCACAGCAUAAUGCCUCAAUCUUGAACUAUAUGCGUUUAGCUUAUUCACUUCUUACAUGAAUCUUUCCGAAGGACGAUGUUUCAUGCAGUUGCAAGUCAUCAUCUUUCCAGAUCGUUCGGUUUAACCCAAAAUAUUAGCUCGUAUGAGAACCACUGCUUGCAGCUUCAUUUGCGCAGUAUCAGUGCUCGUUUCGUGACAGCGGCGAGUGUUAGAAAUUUCCGCGCUUCUGCUCCACGAUAUACUAUCACUAUUCAGGGGGCCACCACAAACCAGUCCAAACCCAAGUUCAGCACCAACUCCAAGUGCCCGGCAGGGACCAAGAAUGAAAGUGUGACUCAAAGCACCAUCAUCAGAGUGGUCCCAGCAAGGUCAACCUCUGCGAACCAAAUCCCUCUCUUUAGUGAUUCUCUGGCAAUGAACUCCAAGAUUGUCGGCACUUCACGCGGAGGCAGCCAUCAAUCUACAAGCCAAGGCUUUAUCGACGCCUACCUGGCCCGAAAGAAACGCGAGGAGAUCGACAAGUUAAUGGAAAUGCUUGUAGAAUGGCUCGACUCUCCUGCAGUUACGUCUCAUGCACCCGGGCCCGGGAACUUGUCCGGGCCAGCAGCGAGCAGUCAGAAUUCGUCUACAAGCAGUACCCCAGAGAAGUCUACUGGACAAAAGCGUUCUUUGAGACGGGAUAGCUUCAAUGGCUCUAACCCAGGCCGCGAUGGGAACGGCGACGACAAGCGGGGAAACAAACGCUCCAAGGUGGAGAAUUCACCGGCUUUGAAGCUCGCUUGUCCCUAUUUCAAGCGCGAUCCAACCAAGUAUGCGGGCCGCCAGGCUUGCACUGGCCCUGGAUACGAUUCCAUAUCCAGACUAAAGGAGCAUAUAUACCGUUCUCACAAACAACCUGACAACAAAUGCAACAGAUGUUGUGAGGUGUUUUCUACCGGAGAGUUUCUUGAAGAACACCAGCGAGAUGAAUUACCCUGCAAGGUCUCACAAGAUAGAUCCAUGGAUGGUAUAAACGAGUCACAGUACCACCAGCUGCGCAAGAAACCCGUGGGGCGGAAGCCUAACCCAGACCGCUGGGAAGAGGUGUAUCGCAUCAUCUUCCCCAAGGCCAAGGCCAUCCCUUCGUGCUAUUAUGGUUACGAUGACGCUAACCGCGUUCCUGAGUGUCGUGAUAAAGACCGCGCUUUUACCGACUUCAUAGAAAAUGAACUUAUUGCCGGUGUGAGGAACGAUCUGGAAGACCAGUUCGACAAGUUCGCGGAAGAAACCAGGACGACCUUCAUUGAUAUCGUGAAGAUCCGCUUCAAGAAAAUUCAAGAACAAUUCUACAGCCAGCGCCCAGUGGUUGAGACUCUGCCAGCGCCAAACACUGCACAACAGGCUCUUCCUUUACUCGUUGACCCCGCAUAUCCCGAGCUCGACUUCGAUCUUUUGAGUCCUGCUGGAUUUUACUUCGACGAGAUGGCUGAGAACCUUAUUAACGACUUUGGGUCCUCCUCAGACUUGUCGGAUUCGGCGUACUGCUCCAUGGACAGUCCUAGGAGUCCACUGCAAACUUGAAGUCAUGGAUCGCUGGCAGAUAAGUCCAUGUCAUAUGGCAUGUCGUGUCUUGUGAAAGGGUUUCUGUAGAAGAGGUUUACCUCAAAAGGGCGGCGGUUUGUAGGAUCAUCUGUCCCGGGCUCAUGUUUCAUUAGUAUCAUCAGUAUUUAUAUUGGCAACCGCUAGCCACAUUUUUGUAACCUGAAUUUCAUUCAAGACUUUAUUGUUCGGAUAGCACUGCCUGACUGAGAUGAUUCUGGACCGUUACCACCCAUAAGCUAUCAUUAGUUAUGAUAUAUGCGCUGAUACAAAGCUGGCUGCCGUGUCUGCGUCGAGAAGAUAGGUCAGAUGAGGCAAAUAGAUGAAAUCGCCGGCGUCGCAAAUGUUGUCCCCUUCGUGGCAGACUAUCAGCACGUUGUUUACCGGUGCACCCUGAAUCGCAUAGCCUCUGUCUGUG